AUGCCUACGCCACUGGAUCGCGCGAUGAACUCUAAGAACCUUUUCAUGGGGUUUGCAGGGAUGGUGACGGCCGUUGCAGCCUGGUCCAUCUGGGGCUCCGACAUGUUCCCCAGUGAAGCCGACCCCAAAGGAAAUCCCGAGGACUGGACUGUCGAUGAGAUGAGAAGGUGGCUUCGUGUGCGGGGACUUCUGCCGAGCGAAAAUGCAAGCAGGGAAGAAUUGCUGGAGAGAGUCAAAGCCAAUCUGCGGAUACUGCGUAAUUCCAAAGCCCCGGUAUCCAAGUCGUGA